CUUGUUUCUAUGAGUAUUUAUGAGCCUUGAUGUGAUGUUUUGGGAUAUGAGGUCGAGCAUCUCAGAAGCUUGAACGCUGACCCCCUGAAAUCCAUUCCGUGUCGUUUGAUUGGUCCGUGCUUCUGUCAAUUUCGAUGCCUGCCAAGACAUCUUGUUUGCCGUGCAUCAUCGUAGUCUAAAGAAUUGGACCAACGUGAAGGGCCCGCAAUCUGAUAUACUCAUGAGUACUUGCAUCUCUGAUAAAUUCUUCGAGGAAUAAUUGCUAAUCUUUCUCAGGAACCCGUAGUUCUUGUGGUAAACUUUCGUUCAAAUCUGCCUCCUGGUCACAGUUUUGCUGUUCUGUUACAUAACUCAAUCAACCUUGAGGAACUCCAAUGAGUCUCCCGAAAUGCGUGCGCUGCAGGCCAAGUACGGCCUCAAGGCAUCUGAGCGUACUGCUUAGGGACGCCGCUCAGGGUCGAAGCCAACGACGCUUCCACUCAAGCACUACCUCUGCUAGCACUACCACACAGGGUGAGCCGCAAUUUGCGACAAUCUUUUCGGGCAUCCAGCCCACCGGCGUGCCGCAUCUUGGGAAUUACUUGGGCGCCAUGCGGCAAUGGAAGCGGCUACAGGAUGCUGCUGGCCCUGAAGAUCAGCUCUACUUCUCCAUCGUUGAUUUGCACGCCAUCACCAUGCCGCAGGACGCACCACUUCUGAGACAGCGGAGUAGGGAGAUGCUGGCGUCACUUAUGGCAAUUGGCCUGGAUCCAAAGAAAUGCACCAUGUUCUAUCAAAGUGCUGUACCGGCGCAUGCAGAGUUGAUGUGGAUCUUGAGCUGUACAGCGAGUUUUGGCUACCUCGGGAGGAUGACGCAAUGGAAGAGCAAACUUACCAUGAAAGACAACCGCAUGUCCCUUGACGAUGAGACUAUCGGCCACAACCUCAAGUUGGGCCUUUUUUCGUAUCCGGUGUUACAAGCUGCGGAUAUCCUCAUCCACCGCGCGACGCAUGUGCCGGUGGGGGAUGACCAACGACAACAUCUCGAAUUUGCAAGAGAAUGUGCGACUAAUUUCAAUGCUACGUAUCCAGGGGGCAACUUGAUCGCGCCGGAAACUAUCACGACCGAGACGCCUCGGGUCAUGUCCCUGCAAAAUCCCAAUAACAAGAUGUCUAAAUCAGCACCUAACCACCGCUCGCGGAUCCUCAUUACUGCAUCGCCAGAUGAGAUUAGAUCUCGCAUCAAGGGCGCCGUGACUGACUCGGAGAACAUUGUAUCCUACAACCCAGUAAGCCGACCUGGUGUAGCAAAUCUUCUGGAACUCUGGUCGCAGUGUGAUCCAGAGGGCCGGACACCUGCGGCUCUGGCUGCCGACUGUGAGAACCUGGGCUUGGGCGAUCUAAAGAAACGCGUCGGUGAUGCAAUCGUGAAGGAGCUCGAGGGCGUCAGGGUUAGGUAUGAAGAGAUCCUGGACCGAAGUGGUGGACGAUGGGUUGAGCAAAUUCAACUCGAAGGUGCGCAGAAGGCAAGAGAUAAUGCGGCUGAGACCAUGAGAAUGGUACGAGACGUCGUUGGGUUAGCCGGAAUGUAAAGAUAAGACAUCCAAGUGUAUAGUACGGAACUAAUACUGUAAGAGUAACAGUAGAUGGGGGAGAAGACGUGUAUACCAGUUGUGUGGUGUGAUUAGUGUUUUAUAUCAUUCAGAAUGCCAUGAUCAUUUUCUGGAUGCGAAAGAUAAACUGGUCAUGCUGAGUUCUGAGUACAUAUCUACAGCAUUGAUACAUCCUCAUUCGAAGGAUGUUGCGAGAUAGCGGACGCAAACGUUCGCGCACCCGUGGCAGCUAG